UGAUAGGACAAAUAAUAAAAGUAAAAUUUCAUCAGAUAUUCAAUAUUAAAUAAUAUUCAGACCACGAAUUAAGUAUAUUAUCUUAAUUCGUGAUUCAGACAUUCAGUAUUUCACUCAUAAAAUCUUAACAAAAUUAUAAAUAUUAAAAUAUCUAAAUGUAUAUAUUAAGAUAAUGAAUGCUUUUUCAAAACAAAAAGAUAAAAUAUAAAUAUUUUUUCAGUUGAUGGAUUAUAAAGAUAAAAUAAUGCGUAGAUCUCACGGAGGAAAUUAUUAUGAUCCACUGCCAUCAAACAGUUCAUAUGGUGGCGAGUUUAUUGAAACAGAAAAUGAUGAUUUAACAGAACAGCUAAAAGAUAAGGUGAAUACUUUGAAGUCUCUCUCGAUUGAUAUUGGUGCAGAAGUAAAAUACCAGGACCGUUUACUAAGAGAUAUGGAUCAUGAUUUUGAAACCACUGGAGGAUUUUUGAGUAACACACUUGGUCGAGUUACGAGGCUUAGUAGAAAUAGUGGUGGCUAUAAUAUGCUAUAUCUAAUUUUAUUUAGUUUUGCCGUUUUUUUUGUACUGUAUAUAUUUUUAAAAUUAAAAUAGAAAUCUGUAAUGUAUAAUAUAUGUAUUAUUGCUAACUGAUGAGAUCGGUUAUCAAAAUUCCAUGUUAUUGAAGUAUAUAAUGAUGAAAAGAUUUAAAUUAUAUGUAUAUUUUAUUAAAUAAACUUCAGAUUUUACUUUUAUAA